CGAAAGCGUUAAGGAACGACGCCGUGCAGAUGACUCAGGUUUGGACCAUGAUGAAAACGGUUGUUCCAGAAGUAAAAACAGUACACUGUUUUCUAUGUAAGAACACAAAGAGAGAAAGAGGAGAGGGAGCAAGAAGCUAACAUCUCCGAUACGCCUAAAAGGGAUAAUGAAUUAUUAGAACAAGUUUUAGAAAGAGGGGAAACUAAAAUCCAUUGCUUGUCCUCUCAACUGAACCUUUUUGGUGUGAUUUCCUGGUAAUUCUUUCUUUCCUGAUGAUUCUUUUCUCUUUCCAUAAUCCAACCCUUUAACCCUUUCUUUUCAUCUACUCUUAUGAUCCUUCCCUUUUUCGCCCCCUAUUUUCUUCCAUUUCCUUUCCUUUUCUUAAACUAUCAUUUUCCAUUUUCUCAUCCCAUCAGGGUUCUCAGGUUGACAUGAAAUUUAAAGCUAACCUUGUUCAGAGUUUCAAUUUGAGAAUUGAACAUUCCUAAUUCAGCAGUCAACCUAGUUUGUUCUUUGGCUUGGGCCGAUCAGGUUGUCAUGAAAAAUAUGGCCGAUUAUGAGGUUUCGCCAACAUGAUGGUUUGUUCUCCCAUCAGCACAUGUGUUAAGAAUGUUGUCCACUUGAGGGGACGGAUGAGCAGCAGUCUCCGCGGCAUCAUUUCCUGCGGAUCAUCCAGUUCCUGCUGCUAUUGUUUAUACUCUGGAACCAAGGUGAAAUAUACUGGUCUUUCUGUAUCCAAUACAACGUCUUUUGGCUGCCAAGACUUCCAAGCAAGCUGCUUCCGCUCAUCUAGGCGAAGUGGCAAAUUCCAGACUCUAGCAAUUAACGAAUCAAUUAGUAAUAAAGAAAAACUGAAAAGACAGCUUGAAAUUUCUUGGGCCGGUCAAAGUAUGAAAAUGAGGCUUUUGCUGCCCAAACAUGGAACAUUUCAAAAAUUCAAAUGCAUCGGAGGAUCUCAAUCCUGGCCUCCAGGUUCUGUAUCUGCUGGCUUAGCUUUUGGUUUGUUAAUUUGUUAUUCGAGUUCUGAACCAGUACAUGCAGAAGCUGGUGGGGCAAAGCAGGGAAAGGAAGAUGAGCAUGAUCCUUCUCAUGCUCAAUUCUCUCAUGGGAAAAAGGUCUAUACCGAUUAUUCUGUUAUUGGAAUACCUGGAGAUGGAAGAUGUAUGUUUCGCUCUGUGGCUCAUGGAGCUUGUUUAAGAUCUGGGAAAUCAGCUCCAAGUGAGCAAGUUCAGAGAGAGCUGGCAGAUGACUUAAGAGCUAAAGUUGCAGAUGAAUUCAUCAAACGAAGAAAAGAAACAGAAUGGUUUGUUGAAGGAGAUUUCGAUACCUAUGUUUCACAUAUAAGGAAGCCACAUGUGUGGGGAGGUGAACCUGAACUGUUCAUGUCUUCACAUGUUCUCCAGAUGCCGAUCACGGUCUACAUGUAUGACAGGGAUGCCGGUGGCUUGAUUGCCAUUGCUGAGUAUGGCCAAGAAUAUGGUACUGAAAAUCCAAUCAGAGUUCUCUACCAUGGUUUUGGUCAUUAUGAUGCGCUGCAGAUGCCUGGAAGUAAACCAGGUAAAUCAAAGCUUUAGCUUUCAGAUUCUGACUGCUAAUAAGUAUUACCAUUGAAUUUCUAGGGCAUAUAACGUGUAACUAUUUGUAUGCAAAUUAAAGAUUAUUCAUGAUUUUUUUAUUGAAAUAAUAAAUUACUUUUUCAUUUGACCUUGUACAUGAUGUGAGCAUAAAACUCGUUUAAUACACACAUUAUAUUCAUGUUAUCACGAAAAGAGAUGUAAAAUGACAUUUAUGUAGGGAUAGUGAGGUGAGAAAUAGUGAACAGUUUGUGGGAUAUUUUGUUUGUUUGGUUUUGGUUUUGUGAUUGAUGGGUAAAAUGCGAUUAUAGUACAUCUCGUGGGGUUAAAAAUGACUAUAAGAAAAUCAAAUUAGGUGACUCAGCAGCAGUUGGGAGUCGAGCUCUAUUUGAAGAUGUAAAUGGGCGUAGGAUGAGAUUGAAAAUAGCGAUAUUGAUCUUACUUAUUGUAAUGAUAUUGGAUAAUUUAGUUAUUAUAUUAAAAUUAGUGGUGAGAUUGAAAAUGAAAA